CUGGGGGAGCCAUUGUUACAGAUUUGAAACGAUCUUUCUGGAGGAAAUAGCUGCUUUGGUAUUAUACCAUGCUAAGGUUCCUUCCUGUCCUCAAACCCCACCCUCUCCAGGCUGUACCCUCAAAAUCUCCAGGAAUUCCCCAUCAUGGAACUGUCAGCCCUAAGAGCAAAAGGGGGCUGAAUGGCUGAAGCAGUGUUGGAUCCUGCGGUUGUGAUGGAGGGUCUGAAAUGGUUGUUGGGUUGAACUGGCUGGUAAUGAGCAGGAAUAGACUGGGAAACUAAACUGGCCCAGGAGCAAGCCAGGAGGAGUGGCGUUCUGUGGUGCUGCAUGCCAGUACAACUGAGGCUGCACAGUUAUGACAUGCAGGGCUUUUGAGGAGAAGCACCUCUCCUCCCUUGACCCCAUUAAGCAGUUCUCUGUAUGGUUUGAAGAGGCUUUGAGAUGUCCAUCCAUUGGGGAAGUCAAUGCAAUGUGCUUGGCCACCUGCACGAGCGAUGGAAGACCAUCUGCACGGAUGCUGCUUUUAAAGGGGUUUAACCAAGAAGGCUUUCGGUUUUUUACCAACCAUGAGAGUCGGAAAGGAAGGGAACUGGACUCCAACCCAUUUGCUUCAAUUGUCUUCUAUUGGGAGCCUCUAAAUCGCCAGGUGCGGGUCGAGGGCUCUGUGGAGAGGCUCCCUGAAAAGGAGUCUGAGAAGUACUUCCAUUCACGACCAAAGAGCAGCCAAAUUGGGGCUGUUGUGAGCAGGCAAAGCACAGUGAUUGCUGACAGAGAGUAUUUGCGGAAGAAGAAUGCAGAAUUUGAAGAGGUGUACUGUGAGGCCACAGUGCCUAAGCCAGCCUACUGGGGAGGAUAUAUCCUGAAGCCGGAAGUCAUGGAGUUCUGGCAGGGUCAAACCAACCGUCUACAUGAUCGCAUCGUCUUCAGAUACCUCCCGAGCAGCAGCACACCUUUGGGGCCCAUGACCCACAAAGGGGCUGGCAACUGGGUGUACGAGAGACUUGCUCCUUGAAGAACUUGUGUGUGGUGUUGGGAGGGGUAUUGUCCUAUUUACUCUUAUACUUGGAACAUUGGUGCCAAAGGCUUUCCUUCCCUCUCCCUACUCACUUGAGAUGGAACAGAUGGUAAAGAGAUAGUGGACAGAGUGCUGGGAUUGGACAGGGAGACCUGGCUCAAAACCCUUACAGGUGACCCUGGGCAAUCAGCCUAACCUAUCUCAGAGUUGUUGUGAGGAUAAAAAUGAGCUAAUUUCCAUCUACACUGCUCUGAGCUUGGCAGUAGUGUGGGAUACAUGAGUAACUAAUAAUGGAAAUAAUCUGUUUGAACCCCUUUCAAAUUUGUCAUGCAUCUCAACCCCAAGCAACCCUGGGAAAUACAGUUCUAUUAAGGCAGUUUGCAUUCUUAAAACUUUCAAAUGUUACUUUCCAAGGUUUUAGAAGUUGGGGAGCUGACUUUUUCAGAUGGGCUUAAUUUUAUUCUUUGGAUAUAUCUUUUAUGUCAGGGGUACUUGACAUCUUGAACCAUAGGCACUUUUGGAAGUUUGAGAAUGGGUAGUUGGUGCAGCCACAAAAUGGCUGCUAUGGAGAGGUGGAGGCCAACCACAAAACAAUAAUAAUAAUAAUAAUAAUAAUAUUUGAUUUAUAUACAGCCCUUCAGGAUGACUUAACACCCUCUCAGAGCUGUUUACAAAAUAUGUUAUUAUCCCCACAACAACAAUCACCCUGUGAGGUGGGUGGGUUUGAGAGAGCUCCCAGAAACUGUGACUGACCCCAGGUCGCCCAGCUGGCUACAAGUGGAGGAAUGGGGAAUCAAACCCAGUUCUCCAGAUUAGAGCCCCACGCUUUUAACCACUACACCAAACUGGCGCUGAGAGGUAGCCAUUUCCCUGGCAGCCCGCUGGUCAUGUUUCUUUUCUAUAGCACCUCCAAGUCCAGAGGGAUGGAGGAAAAGUCAGGACUGGCUCUCUGCCUUGUUGGGGAUUGGCACCAUGUUGGGGAAUCACUGUUCUAGGUAGGUCUGCCUUUGGACAUAGUAGGUAGACUUAGGUUUAGGGCUCCCUAAAUUCAGUAAAUCCGAUUGUCAAGAUGAGGAGUGUUUUAUGUCCUGCCCAGGAGAUUAAAAGUUCUGUAGCUAGAUAAAUGUAAGUGAAGCAUGUAGAUAAGUAUUUCUCCUUGGCAUAAUUCCGUUUCAGAAGUUAAUGCACACAAAAAGUGGAAUUUAGGGGGGAAGGAUUGGGGAGGGAUGAAAGAUGGUGAUGAUGGACCAGCACUUAAUGCAACAUUAGGCACUAUAUGCAAAAAUAGGAACACAGCGAAGGGGGUAUAUGACCCACCAACUCAGAAGCUAGAAUCAGUGGGGAGGGGGCUGAGCCCCCCUAGGCCACCCUUCAUUUUUGCUUCUGAUUUCACUUCAUAAUACUGCUCUCUGUGCUUCUCAGUUAAAACUAGAAACUUGCUUUUUAAAAAAUGAGAGUUGAGGUUCUCAGAAUGCUGAAACAUGGCCUGAAUGUUAGCUUUCUGGUCUGGAUAUAAAACUUUCAUGCUUGCAUGACAGUUUCAGGGCUACAUAAAUUAAUCAAGCUCACUUGUAAAGGUUUUAAACCUGAGAGCUCCCUACUUCAUUCUGCCAUGUGUCUUUCAAGGUGACAGCUAUUAUAUAUGCUUACAUAAAAUAAAAAAUCCAUAAUGGGUUGUUGCACACCAGAAUGUGAAGUGCAAUAAUAAAUCAGUAACUGAUCCUAAUUGAUCAAGUUUGUGUGUGUGUGUGUGUGUGUGGUGCUGUUUAUUGUUCAUCAAAAGAGGCUCGGAUCCUCAAGACUGUCGUUAGGAAUUCCUGUAGCACCUGUGGUCUGACUGAUCUGGCAUCAGAGUGUUGCUGUGCGUCAAGUUUCAGUCUUUUGUCUGUGUAUAAACAUUUGGAAAUAAAAGUCUAACCUGGUGACUGAAA